GUUGUUAUCAAACCCAAAACCGCAACAGGUAAAUAAAAGUUUAUCGGUUUAAUAACAGCUGCGAGUAAACAAAAUGAACAAAGCCAGUAAAAUUAUGCGACUCGCUUUGUUACAGCUAAAGGGUUCAAAGGACAAAACAGCAAACGUGUCAAAUGCGUUAAGCAAAAUUGAGGAGGCAGUUAAAGAGCAUGAGCCUCGACUGAUAACGCUGCCGGAAUGCUUUAAUUGUCCUUAUGGCACGAAGUACUUUCGCGAGUACGCCGAGUGCAUUCCGGGUGGUUACACCAGCCAACAGCUCUCGAAAGCGGCUUUGGAUCAUCAGGUCUACAUAGUGGGCGGAACGAUCCCCGAGUUGGGCGAGAAUGAAAGCAUCUACAACACUUGUACUGUGUGGGGUCCAAAUGGAGACUUGAUAGCCAAGCAUCGGAAAAUGCAUCUUUUUGAUAUUGACGUUAAGGGCGGUAUCCGCUUCAAGGAAUCCGAGACUCUAUCCGCAGGCAAUGACUUUACAACUAUUAAUGUUGACGGCCACAAGAUUGGAAUUGGCAUUUGCUAUGACAUUCGUUUUGAGGAGAUGGCACGACUCUAUCGCAACGAUGGCUGUGAGAUGAUCAUCUAUCCGGCUGCCUUCAAUAUGACAACGGGUCCUUUGCACUGGGAACUCCUGCAGCGAGCACGGGCCAAUGACAAUCAGCUGUUCGUGGUAACCACAUCGCCAGCACGGGACACCACUGCAGAAUACGUUGCGUACGGUCAUUCAAUGGUUGUUGACCCAUGGGCUAAGGUCCUCAAAGCAGCAGACGAAAGUGAACAAAUUGUUGCCGCUGACAUUGACUUCUCUCUGGUUGAACAGGUGCGCCAGCAAAUUCCAGUGUUUAGCCAACGACGUCUCGACCUUUACAGCACCGAGAAAAAGUAAUUAUAUAAAACUAUUUAUUACAAUUGCAUUUAUGUAUGUUGGUUGUUAACUUUAAAUAUUGCAUUAAAUUUGAUUAUUGCUAUUGAUUCUCUCGUUGACUUGGAGCAAUUGUCUCUGAUUCGGCUACUGGCAUGUAAUGUGGUCUUUGCACCUGUCCGAAGAGUGCACGUAUAGCUUCAUCCGUAGCCAUAAGUGGUUGGCUAAUGAACUCCAGGGCCUAAAAA